CAGGGCUCUUCACACAAAAAGUAGUAAUGAUAACAUAAAAUUUUUUACUAAUUUUUGCAAAAAAAUAUGAUUUAAAUUUAAUUAAAACAUAUGAAUUAACUAAACUAUAUUUAACAAAGAAAAUGUAUCAAAAAUUGGAAGAAACCAAACAGCCCACAACAUUAGUGGGCAAAUAUAUAAAAGUAUUUUUAGUUGUAGCUCUCUACUGGUGCAUUUCUAUUUUGACCGUUUUUGUAAAUAAGCAUUUACUAAGUAGUGAUAGCGUUAAACUGGAAGCACCACUUUUUGUGACAUGGUUCCAGUGUGUUGUUAGUGCUAUAAUAUGUUUCGUUAUGAGCCGUUUGGCUAAACAGUAUCCCAAUGUUAUUAAUUUUCCCGAGGGAAAUCCAUUGGAUAUUGAUACCUUUAGAAAGAUUUUACCUUUAUCAAUUUUGUUCACUUUAAUGGUGGGUACAAAUAAUCUUUGUCUGAAAUAUGUGGGAGUAGCUUUUUACUAUGUCGGCCGUUCCUUAACCACUGUCUUCAAUGUGGUGUUGACUUAUGUUUUGCUGAAACAGAAAACUAGUUUCGCCUCUAUAAUCUGCUGUGCUGGUAUAGUAGCCGGUUUUAUGUUGGGCGUCGAUCAGGAAUCACUAACAGAAUCAUUCUCCUGGCGUGGCACCGUAUUUGGCGUAUUAGGUUCUUUGGCUCUGGCUAUGUAUUCAAUUCAUACCAAAAAAGCUUUACAGCAUGUAAAUCAAGAAGUUUGGCUACUGAGUUAUUACAAUAAUUUAUAUUCAUCGUUUUUAUUUUUGCCUUUAAUAAUACUUAAUGGAGAACUGGAGGCCAUAAUAACUUAUGAAAAAAUUUUCGAAUUUUGGUUUGUUUUAACCAUGUUAAUAGGCGGCCUAUGUGGUUUCGCCAUUGGCUUUGUAACAGCCCUACAAAUAAAGGUCACUUCACCCUUAACCCAUAAUAUAUCGGGGACAGCAAAAGCUUGUGCUCAAACUGUGAUAGCUUGCCAGUGGUAUAAUGAAACUAAAUCAUUGUUAUGGUGGACGUCAAAUAUUGUAGUUCUAGUGGCAAGUGCUGCCUAUACCAGAGUCAAACAAUUGGAAAUGCAACGUCAACACAACCGUAGCAAUAGUCUGGCUCAAAAAGCUUAAGUUUUGAUUUAUUGUGAUUUGUUUUCUAAUUUAAGUAAAAAAUUUUUUAUUUAUUUUUUUUAAUUUGAAAAUAAAUAUAAUAAUAUUGACAUUAAAUAAUAAGUAAA